AUGCUUGAUCCUUUCGUCGACGUAGAAGGUACACUACGAGUAGGCGGACGCCUUCGACGCGCUAACAUUAGUGACGCUGUCAAGUUCCUCAUAAUACUGCCAGGUAAGAGCCACGUAGCAUCCUUAAUCAUCAGGAAUUUUCACGAGAAAACAAGCCAUCAGGGCAAAGGGAUAACUCUCAACGAAAUCCGUGCGAAUGGGUAUUGGCUCACCGGAGGCUCGUCAGAAGUCGCAAGCGCCAUCGCACGUUGCGUGAAAUGUCAAAGGUUACGCGGAGCUGUUCAAGAACAGAAAAUGUUGGAUCUCCCGGAAGACAGAGUAGAAAGCGCGCCACCUUUCACCUAUUGCGGCUGUGAUCUUUUCGACCCGUUUACUAUAAACGAGAAGAGGAAGACCCUCGAACGCUAUGGAGUAAUCUUCACCUGCAUGGCUUCCAGAGCCAUACACAUCGAGGUCGCCAACCCACUUGAGACGGAUUCGUUCUUAAAUUCCCUUAGAAGAUUCAUGAGUAGAAGAGGAUCCGUGCGUCAAAUAAGAUGUGAUCAAGGUACUAAUUUCGUCGGAGCACAGAACGAGCUCACUCGAGCCCUAGCCGAAAUGGAUCACGAGAAAAUAAAGGAAAAGCUACUCGAAGAGCAAUGUGAUUGGAUCACAUUUAAAAUGAACGUCCCCUCAGCGAGCCACAUGGGUGGCAUAUGGGAACGACAAAUCCGUUCAGUCAGAAGCGUGCUGUCGUCGCUUCUUCUCGAGAACGGAGGACAGUUAGAUGACGAGUCACUGAGAACGUUGAUGUGUGAGGCGGAGGCCAUUGUCAAUAGCCGCCCGCUUACAACCGAGACCCUGAAUGAUGUCGACGCGCCGCGCCCCUUGACGCCCAAUCACCUACUCACGAUGAAGUUGAAAGUUGUCCUCUCGCCACCGGGCACUUUCGAACCACAGAUCUCUACAGCAGAAAGCGUUGGAGACGAGUUCAACAUCUCUCAAACGAGUUCUGGAGUCGCUGGAAGAAAGACUUCCUCCUAA